CCCAGUAGCUCACGCCUUUUCACCGCAGGAGCCAGUUUCCCAGCUCCGGACUCAGAGACACCGGGAAUCCCUCCCGCUCCUCCUCCCGCUGCCGCGGCCCCUGAUGAGUUUCGGUUUCCAUUUCCCCGCCGUGGCGUUGCCGGUGCUGGCCGGGCACUCCUUGGGCACUCCCCGGGCACUCCAGARCUGUCGGCGGACGGGGGAUGGCGGCGGGACGGCGGCGGCGGCGCCGGGGGAGCGGCAAGAAAAAGCACACGGAGUCGCAGAAGGAGGAGAAGAUGCAGUGCUCAAACCAUGAUGCAACGCACACGCUUGUUCUCUCUGAUGAUGGGAAGGUUUCUGAGCACUGGGCUAAAGCUCCAGCAGACUGCCCUGAGACAAGGCUGGUGCAAGAACUGGGAGACCGAAUUAUUGUUCAAAUAGCAUGUGGGGACCAGCAUGCCAUGGCACUAUCCAGAGGGGGUGAGCUCUUCACCUGGGGCCAGAACACCCACGGACAGCUUGGAGUGGGGAGCCAAACCACGCUUACUCCCAAACCACAGCUGGUAGAAAGGUUGAAGGGCAUCCCACUUGCUCAAAUUGCUGCUGGAGGAGCUCACAGCACCACCGUGUCACUYUCUGGAGCUGUGUACUCCUGGGGAAAGAACAGUUUUGGACAGCUGGGACUCGGAGACACAAAAGACAGGGACUGUCCAUCAUACGUGGGAGCUUUAGAGCACUGGAAGACAAUAUUUAUCUCAUGUGGGGCAGAUCAUACUGCAGUUCUCUCCAAGGAAGGGCUGGUGUGCACCUUUGGAGCAGGAGAGGCUGGCCAGCUGGGUCACAACUCCACCCAGAAUGAACUCCUGCCUCGUGAGGUGGCUGAGCUGCGGGGAGCAAAGGUUUCACGAAUUGCCUGUGGCAGACAACACACUCUGGUCUAUGUUCCUUCCUUGGACAAAUUCUAUUUCUUUGGUUCUGGUGAUGAAGGACAACUGGAAGAUGAGAGGAAGCUGAAUCAGUUGAUACCAGUUCCCAUCAGUUUACCAGUGAACACUGAAAAAUCCUGCCAGAAAAAGAAUGCAUCAGAAGAGGGAUCUAAAAUUACUGCAGGUGUAAACCAAAGUUUUGCCCGUUGCAAGGAGGAGAAUAAGAUUUCRUAUUUGAAUGGAAUUGCCACUCUGGACGACAAAGAAGUGGAUGCAUGGAUUUCAAAUUCUGAAUGUUCGGAGAAUAUAAAAAAGAGUAUCAGACUCAUCUUUUCAUCUGAGGCUUGCAUCAAUGGAAGCUUCCUGGACAAAAGAGACAAACAUUUCAAAACGUCCAAAGAAGUCUCAGGUGUAGACAUAUCCGAAGUGAAACGUUUUCACGAGAAGAUCAGUAAGAAGCAAACAGUCUACCGGGAGGUGCAAAAGGAGAUAAGGAACUUACUGUCAUCAUUGUCUUCCUCCCCCAUCUCACCUGAAAAUUUUAGAGUCUACUUGAUCUUGCCUUUCCUUCUCCAAGGAAAAGAUGGAGACUCUUUUCUUUCUCUGACUCUUCUGGCUCAAGCCAUCAUGGAGCUYCAGUCAGAAGGCCUGCAAACUCUUGAAUGCCUAUGGUCAAAUCUAGAAACAUCGUUUUUCACGGAGCUGGUCUUUCUCUAUCAGAGAGUUUCCCAGAAUAACCUGCUUACAUUUUUCUGGGAGUUCCAAGCCAGUGUGCCAGGCGUCAAUCUGCGCCCAGCUGAAACGGGGCCUCUGCAAAUACUGCAGAUGCUUUACCAGGUGAACUCCAGAACUGGUUUCAAAGUACAUGAAAGCGACUUCCAUGUACCUGAAGUGAGAGAUAUUAUCACCUCAUGUUUGGUCUCCAAUUCAGUAAUAGUCCUAUGGCAGCUGAGCAAAUACCCAUGCAUCUUUGACAGGAAAAACAAGAUCCACGUUCAUAUUGCAGAACGCAGUGCUCUGAUGACCAAGAUCUUUCCUACGCCCUUUAUGUGGAGCUAUGAACCAUGGAAAUUUUGCGUCAGAAGACAAUGCCUUCUGCAAGACAUAUGGGAAAAUUUAAAAUCCGCCUCAAACCAGGAAUUCAGGAAGGUCUUACAGGUGGCAUUUGUGGGCGAGAUAGCGAUGGGCAGUGGUGGCGUGUCCCAGGAGCUCUUCAGCAUCGCAGCCAGGACCCUCUGCCAGCCUGACACCGGCACCUUCUGCCACUUCCCCUCCGGCCUCGUGUGGUUCCCCAAACAGGCUUCGAGCUGUGAGAAGGCGGACACCUUCCUCUUGAUCGGGACRCUGUGUGGAAUGGCCCUGUUCAACCAACGCAUAGUGCCCUUCCCCUUCCCCAGGGCUCUCUACAAAAAGCUGCUGGGCCUGGCUCCCACCCUGGAGGACCUUGAGGAGCUGCUGCCAACUGUGGGCCGGAAUCUUCGGAAAAUUUUGAAUGAAGAAUGUGAUGACUUGGACAUGGACUUCACGAUAAUGGAAGAAGGCGAUUCCAUGGAUGUUGUUGAACUUAAAGAAAAUGGUGCCAACAUUCCUGUCACUAAGGAUAACARGAAAGAAUAUGUUGAUUUGUAUGUGGAUUACACAUUCAAUAAAUCAGUACAGAAACCAUUUGAGGACUUUAAGGAAGGGUUCUUAAGAGGCUGCCCAGCUAGAAAUUGGAAGAUGUUUUUCCCUGAAGAGCUGCAGGAUCUUCUCCAAGGACACACAACAUUCGAUUGGCAUCUGCUGGAAGAGAAUGUGAUGUACAUUGAUUAUAAAAAGUUAGAUCGAACCAUCAGGAAUUUUUGGACUGUGUUUCACAAGCUACCAGAAGAAAAAAAGAAAAAGUUUAUUGCCUUCUGGUCAGGAUCUGAUCGAAUCACUGGCUAUGGACUGGAAUUUUCURGAUUUASGAUUCRAGAUCCUCUACGAGRAGCUCCAGAUGAGUCCUAUCCGUAUGCCACUACCUGCAACUUCACUUUGYUCCUCCCCAGAUAUAGCAGUAAAAAAAUACUCAAAGAAAAGKUGCUUUAUGCCAUAGAGCAAAAUGAAGGUUUUGUCCUUGCCUAACUCUGGAACAGAAGCACUUUAAAGCAAAAAUAAGAAAACAAAUAUUUGUUUCACUUGUUUUAUUUUCUCUUAAUAAUUCCAUUUCACUCUUUUCUACCCUGGCUUGUUUUYACUGUACUUUAUAAACACCUGUGUGUAUUUGCUGAGAUUAUAUGUUGAUUAUAAAAUUCAGCUUCRAGCAGAUACCUCAUAGUUAGAUUGUAAAGUUAGGAAAGAAGAAUCCCAUUUGGCACACUUGAGAGAAGCAAACUGAUAACCAAGCAUAUUUACAUUAUUUGUGCAGGCCGGGUGUGCACUAUUCUGGUUGUGUUAAGCCAGUGAGCUCCCAGCAGCAGGGAUUCUCUGAUUUGGGCAUUUAUACAUUAGGAGACACACAGCCAGGAUGUGCUAAGCAGUCAUCCUUGCAAGGCAAAGCUGGGGUAARGUUUUCAUCUGUGUUACUUAAGGGUUCUCUUGGGGAGCAACUAACUCUAAUAAGACAGUGAAUUGAAGGAGCAGUCUGUGCUCACCUGGAUAUGGCCUAUGAUUUAUCAAAGAGAAAUUCUUAGGGGGAGGAUUUGAUUAUUAGCAGAUUUUUUCAAAAGCUGUAUUGAUGCAUUACAAUGAUAUAUAUUUUUGUUAUUUAGUGUGAUAACUGCGAUAUUUGUCAUGUUUCUUUCUGUCUUCUAAGGAGAUGUUUUGCAAUUAAAUCAUAAAAUCUUAGACUUGCAGAUCAGCUCUGCCUACAGAACCCUGUGGACAUGAGGCUUGCAGGGCUUCUGGAAUCUCACUGUCAUAACAGUGCAGAGCACUGGCAGGAUAUUAACAAUGUCAGGAUGUGUUUUCUAUGUAUUUUGCUAUGUGGAGAGAGGAAGAGAAACAACAGUCAUGAUUUUUCAGCAUUCUCUUUGGUGUGUUAAAUGUGUCAGGRGACAUCCAUAUGUAAAGGAGACUUCUACUGUGUUGAAUUAAAUGAURAUGGAUUAAA